UGGUCACUGCACAUUUCUUAACUUUUUUGGGAGAAUGAUUAACGGGUCCUGAUCUGGACAAGGCCAUUUAGUCUGCUUUGUCACAGUGAUUAGAUUCUUGAUAGCAUGUCUGUUAACUUUGGACUUGUUUUUAUUUUGUUGCCUGGAGUGUUACAUGCACAGGAUUGCAAAGCUCCCACACUGGACGGCGGUUAUUUUGUGCCCGAACAACAGAUUUAUUUGAACGGGUUACAGCUCACGUACUCCUGUGAUAAUGGACAUAAACCAGUAGCUGAGAGCUGGUGGGCAACCAGCACAUGUCAAAAUGGAACAUGGUCUCCUCAACCCCAGUGUAUUGCACAGGAUUGCAAAGCUCCCACACUGGACGGCGGUUAUUUUGUGCCCGAACAACAGAUUUAUUUGAACGGGUUACAGCUCACGUACUCCUGUGAUAAUGGACAUAAACCAGUAGCUGAGAGCUGGUGGGCAACCAGCACAUGUCAAAAUGGAACAUGGUCUCCUCAACCCCAGUGUAUUGAUGAAAAAUCCUGCAUUCCUCCAAAUAUCCCCAAUGGAGAAUAUAGUCAAAGCCAGACUGGCUGGUAUGAGGACGGCCAUACAGUUAGAAUAAAAUGCAACAAAGGAUAUGAACACAAAAACCGGGACGCAACAGCCAAAUGUUCCAAUGGAACGUGGAUCUCAGUGCCUGUCUGUGAGAAGAGUACAGAUACGUGCGAUGCACCACCUAAAAUCCCUCAUGCAGUCAUCAUUAAUGAAAGACAUCAGGAGAUUUUUCCUGCAAAUUCGGAACUAAAGUAUGAAUGUGAGGAUGGAUUUCAUGUAGUGGAAGCAGAUGCCAAAAAAUCCAUCUACUGCUUAUCUGGAAACUGGACGACCGGCCCACAGUGCAGGAGUGAAGAUGCAUGUGAUUCACCACCUAAAAUCCCUCAUGCAGUCAUUAUUCAUCAGGGACCCCAGGAGAUAUUAGUUGCAGAUUCAGAACUAAAGUAUGAAUGUGAGGAUGGAUUUGACGUAGAGGGAGAAGAUGCCACAAAAUCCAUCUACUGUUUAUCUGGAAACUGGACGACCGGCCCACAGUGCAGUAAGUGA